AACAUAAAUGCACGUAAAUGCGUCAUAUGUGUGUAUUGUGUGUAUUGUGUGUAUAUCACGAAUAACAGUAAGCAACAAAUAAUAAUGUCGAUGAUGGAAGGUUCACUUAGCAAAUGGACAAACGUUGUUAACGGAUGGCAAUAUCGCUGGUUUGUUUUGGACGAUAAUGCUGGGCUUUUGUCAUAUUACACGAGUAAAGAGAAAAUGAUGAGAGGAGCACGUAGAGGAUGUGUUCGUUUAAGAGGUGCUAUCAUAGGUAUUGAUGAUGAAGACGAUAGUACAUUUACAAUUACUACAUCAUCGUACAAAGAUGAUCCAAAAACAUUUCAUUUUCAAACAAGGAAUGCAGAAGAACGAGAACGGUGGAUUCGUGCUUUAGAAGAUACUAUAUUACGGCAUUCACAUGCUGUACAAUUAUUUAUUUAUAAGAUUUCCUUUAUAUUUAGAUGGGAUCCUAAAAAGUCUCCUCCUAAGCAAGACUUUGAUCGCAAAGUUGCAGAAGCAGAUGCAUAUCUACAAUUAUUGAUAGAUCAAAUAAAAUUAAUUGAAACAAAACAAAGAAAUGUUGCAGCGGAAGAUGAAGAAACACAACAAAAGUAUGGAGCAAUUUUAACACAAGCAAAUGCAAUGCUUAAUUCUGUAAAACAUACAAUUGUACAAUUGCAAAUUGCAAAGAAUACAGCUAUACCUGUAAAUGGAAUAUAUAGGGGACCAACAGAUCCAAUACACGUUUCAUUGCCUCUAUCUCAUACUUUAGUUGCUGCUAGAGAACCAGAGACAGCUGUACAAACUGGAAUUGAAUUAGGUUCUGAAUGUAUAGAACCAAGAGUACCUAUAUUAUCAAAUGCUGUUGUAGAUAGGGAUCUCCCUGUACCACAGUUCUCUUAUUCAUCUUCGGAUGAAGAUGAGGAUUAUUAUGAUGCAGCAGAUGAAAUAUCUCCUCCUUCUGUAGUACAAAAUCAUAUCACCGUUAAAAGACGAGACAGCGAACGCUCGCAGUCGCACAUGGACGUUACUUCAAACGAAAAUCGAAAACAACCACCAUUGCCUCCUACGAAAGGCGAUGGAUCAGUUGAUUAUGAUGCCCUUUACGAAGAGGAAAGCGAAACAGAAAUGGAUUCCAUGGAAUCUCAUGGAUCUGUUGUAACUCAUCUUUUAUCGCAAGUAAAAAUUGGUAUGGAUCUAACGAAGGUAGCAUUGCCUACAUUUAUUUUGGAGCGCAGGUCACUCCUUGAAAUGUAUGCUGAUUACUUUACUCAUCCAGAUCAGUUCGUAAGAAUAGCGGAUAUGCCUUCCGCCAAAGAUAGAAUGAUACAAGUAGUUCGAUGGUAUUUAUGUAGUUUCCAUGCUGGUCGAAAAUCAGGAGUAGCAAAAAAACCAUAUAAUCCCAUAUUAGGUGAAAUUUUUCGGUGUCAUUGGGAUAUACCUAAUGAUAAUGUAGAUAGUUCAAUUGAUUCAAAUUUAGUUAAUGAGGGUCCUGUACCAUGGUGUAAAGAGAACCAGCUCUCAUUCAUUGCUGAACAGGUUUCUCAUCAUCCCCCUAUAAGUGCAUUUUAUGCUGAACAUUAUGCAAAAAAAAUUAGUUUUGGAGCACAUGUUUGGACAAAGAGUAAAUUCCUUGGUCUCAGUAUAGGAGUACAUAAUGUUGGAAAGGGUUGGGUAAAUGUGUUAGAACAUGGUGAAGAAUAUGUAUUAACUUUUCCAAAUGGUUAUGGUAGAUCUAUCCUUACUGUACCUUGGAUAGAAUUAGGAGGAACUGCAACUAUACAUUGCACACAAACUGGAUUUCAUGCAACUGUGGAAUUUUUAACGAAACCUUUUUAUGGUGGUAAGCGUAAUCGGAUCACGUGUCAAAUUACUCAGCCAGGAGAUAAAAAACCAUUCCUUAUCAUAAAUGGAGAAUGGAGUGGAGCUAUGGAAGCAAAAUGGGCCGAUGGAAGAACUGAAAUGUUUGCGGAUGUUAAAGAACUGCAUACUCAAAGAAAAUUAGUAAAGCCAGUUUGUGAACAAGAAGAACAUGAAUCGCGAAAAGUUUGGCGUGAUGUAACCGUAGGAUUAAGAAUUAACGAUAUGGAAAAGGCAACUGCAGCUAAAUGCACAAUUGAGCAAAAACAGCGAGACGAAGCACGUAUAAGAAAAGAACAUAAUAUCAAUUGGCAAACAAAGCUAUUUAAAGAAACCAAAGAUGGUGGCUGGAUUUACAUAAAACCUCUUGCAGAUAGAUUACAUUCUUGUUCUAACCAAAUUCAGUUAUUAAAUUUAGGUGCCAAUCCAUUGGUUUUAGUAUAAGAGAAUGAAUUUUUUUUCCAACAAAAGAUUGCAAAGUAAUUUCCUCACCAAACACACCAGUCAUUGUAAUUUUAAUAGCUAUUAAAAAAUCAAUA